AUGGACUAUUCUCUGGCUGAGGCUCCAUUCGCUGGUUCUCCUUUCGAGGCUCCCACCACUGGUUCUUCUGCCGAGGUUCCCAUUGCUGGUUCUCCUGCCGAGGCUCCCAUCGCUGGUCCACUUGCUGUGGCUCUCACCACUGGUCCGCCUACUGUGGCUCUCAUAGCUGGUCCGCCUGCUAUGGUUCUCACUGUUGGUCUGCUUGCUGUGGCUCUCACCACUCCAGUGGUCUUCUCGCCUUCAGCCAUAGCCACUACAGUGGUCUCCUCACCUACAACCACAGCCGCUCCAGUGGUCUCCUUGCCUUCAGCCAUAGCCACUUUAGUGGUUGCCUCAACUACAGUCGCAGCCGCUCUAGUUGUCUCAUUGCCUGCAGCCAUGACCUCUCCUGUGGCCUCGUCGUUGCUGUCACUGCCUCUCCAGUGGCCUCUCUACUGGCCUCUCUACUGGUCUCCAUGUCCUUCCUAG